UGUUCCGCAGCAGAAUCAAAGGUAUUGAGAUGAUAAUUCUCUGUUUCUUAACUAUCAUGGAACCACGCUUCACCAACUUUCUAACCUCUUUCCUUCAACCCACCUUCAAAUGCAUCUAUUUAAACACCCCAAAAGUCAUCAUCAUCACCUACAACACAUUCACAUUCACAUUGCUGGGGAUGGCUGGGAUUGGCAAGGGAAUGGAAUUCGAAGACUUGCUACCGGUGAUCGCCGGUAAACUUGGCGGUGAGGGUCUGAUCGAUGAACUGUGCAAGGGGUUUCAGGUGCUGAUGGACAAGGAGAAGGGGGUGAUCACCCUGGAGAGUUUGAGGAAGAACUCUGCUACGAUGGGUUUGCAGGAUUUUAAAGACGAUGAACUUGCGAGCAUGAUGAGAGAAGGAGAUCUUGACGGUGAUGGUGCACUCUCUCAGAUGGAGUUCUGCGUUUUGAUGUUCAGAUUGAGUCCACAGUUGAUGCAGGACUCUUGGUUUUGGCUCCAACAGGCUCUGCACCAUAACAAUAACGCUUCCCUUUGAACUCAUUUCCAGGUUCUUCCCAAAACGACUCCGUUUUCGCAGUUGAAAUCGGAUGGUAGAGAUACACACUCACUCCAUAAUGUAUUACUCGUAUUUCAUGUAAUGUUUGUUGAAUCAUAGAAUUUGCGGUGAUGUUUUUGUGUAUAUUUAACAAAUUAACUAUGAUUAUAGUUUAUUAUAUGUGUUGUUUGUUGAUAUUCGCUCCUGAAAUCACCGACAAACCCUAACAUACAUGAAUAACAC